GGUGUGGUAAUUGCUGGGAAAAAUCACUGUCCAACUUUCUUUCAUUUCGUUUUUCUCAGGUGACUUCUUUCGUUCACUUCUGGAAGGUACAGCAACCAUUCUGAGCUCAGAAUAUUACCAGUAAAAUGAAAGGAAAUAUUUUAUUUCUCUGUGGCCUUCUGCUGAUGAUCAAUUGUGCUGAUGGUUUUGAGGAAGGUUUCAUCAGACUGGUAGGAGGUCAAGAUGAAUUUGAGGGCCGUGUUGAGAUCUUCCAUGAUGGAGCGUGGGGAACAGUGUGCGAUGACAACUGGGACAUUAAUGAUGCAAAAGUUGUGUGUGAGCAGCUUUUUUAUCCUGGUGCAAAAGAAGCUCUGGGAUCAACAUUUGGCGAAGGAAGUGGACAAAUCUGGAUGGAUGACUUGGCCUGCACUGGAAAUGAGAUAAGCCUGCAUCAGUGCAACUUUUCUGGAUGGGGAGUCAACAACCGUGGCCAUUCUGAGGAUGCAGGAGUGAGGUGUGAAAUUGGACCUGGGUUUAACAAGACGGACCUUGGGUACACUUUGGACCACAAUGCAACCCUCCCUGGGCAGCUGGGGGACCUGUUCGACAGUGCAGAAGACUGUGACUUGAACAUACCGGUGAUGGUGGACAACGAUACUGUGGAGUCAGUCUGCGUACACAGGGUCAUACUCUCCUUGAAUCCAGACCUCAAAGCUUCACAGCCGGACUUCCGCAGACUCAGCAUUAGCGUUGCUUCUGACUGUAGUCAAUAUGCCAGGACGUUUCUCAGGUACUUCUACACAAGAGAAAUUAAAUUCACAUUAAACUCCUCCUACUGCAUAAUCAAGAUGGCUCAUGACUGGGGCCUGGGAGAACUCCAGGAUGAGGCGGCAACGAUUUUCAGGGAGUUUCUACCUGAAGACUCCACUUUCCAGAGCCAGAUCUCUGUCUGGCAGUACGCAGAGGUCAUCAGUGACGAGACUCUAAAAGAUGUCUGUCUCCGUUACCUGGCGUGGAACUGUGAGGCCUUGAUCCAUUCUCCAGCCUGGACCAAACUUCCUCUCUCCCUAGUCGAAGCCCUUCUUUCACGCUCAGACAUUUUGGCUCAUAAUGAAACCGUGCUCUUGCACGGGCUGGAGAAAUGGGCGGCAGCGCAGGAAAACACCACCAUUCCUAAGACCCUUUUGAAGCGUAUCCGCUUCCCGAUGAUACCAGCCAAGGACCUACACAGACUGGACGGUUCGCAGUAUCGUGUCAGCAAGCUGCAGGGCUUUGAGUUUAAUGCUCUGCCCGUCACCUUGCUGCUCAGAGACCUGACGGAGAAAGGAGACAUCUAUACGCCCAGGAUUUACACCGGAGAGACAUGGAGCUUCACGUUCAGCGUUCAGGAGAUCAGAGCCUACACGAAUUCUGGCUUCCACGUUUUUAAGGGCCAGCGGACCAGUAGCCUCACAUCGGACUUCCAAACAGCCGUUCACCGCAGUUCUUACUUUGCGUUUCAAAGCAUACUCUGGAGAGUGACGGUAUAUGUCAGUGAGAACGACUGUACGAGAGAAAGUGUGAGCUGCUCCUCUCUGCCAGCAGUAAGCCUAAAGAUUCAAGAAAGGCAGAGUAACUUACCCCGUGAGAUGGUUGACCGUAUUGGUUACAGAAAUAAGAUUGUAGCAAGGUGUCAAGGGAGGUAUGUUUUUCACGUUGACGAAUUUAAUUCUGUUGACAGCGACAACCCCAUAUUUAUUCCCAGCCUUGCAGAUCAGACUUUCCCUUGCCACUCAGUGUUCUCUUACCAGGUGGUGGUGCUUCCUUACUACCUGACAGACUAGGUUUGGUAUUCUCAUGGUAACCAAGCAAAUAUGGGGCAGCAAAUUGUUCUGUAUGACUUCCACAAGCCUCUUUAGUAUUUACACACGGCAUUACAUCAAAGAACUGCCUACCAAACUUGUCUAAUAUGGAUUUUAAGACCAUUAGAUGAUUAGAUAUUUGGCCACCUUGUGACGAUUCGGUUCUGGUAUAUGUUAUUAUUUUGGUUAAGUUAGUUUUCCUGUCUUAGAUUAGUUUGUAUUGUUUUCCUGUCCCUGUAUUAGUUCUGGUUUUCAUCAUGUGCUCUGUUAGUUUCUGCUUUAUUUUCUUUCUUAGGUUUGGUCCUUAUGUUAUUUGGGUUUUGUAUUUACCUAGUUUAGCUUCUGUUCCCUUCCACUGGUCCUGGCAGCUCCCUCAGUCACUUCCCACUCCUUGAUCACUUCCACCUGUUCUGAUUAAUUAGUUUUACUCGGUUUUGGACUGCCAUACUGACCAUUGAGCCUGCCUGUCCCUGUCUUGCCAGUCUGAGAGCAAUAAAACGUCUUUAAAACAUA